GGGGCGGGGCGGGGAGGAUGGGGCGGGGCGCGCGCGGCUCCGCGCACGGAUCCUUUCCUAGCCGCAGUACCGGCCGCCAGCCCGCCCCGCCCGCCCCGCCCCGCGCCUCUCUGGACCCUCGGCGAGCAGCGUCGUCCUCGGAGCCGCGCUGGUGCUGUGGCCCGGGCCCUAGCAGGUCUCCUGGGAGGCGAGCUGGGGAAACGGUGGAUCUGGCCGGGCGCGGCGGGGCUCGAGAAUAGGCGGGACUCUUUGACGAGGCGGAGGGGUCAGGCGGCGACCGAAACGCCGCCAUCUUUGGUCCAGUGCUGCGGCGGCGGCGGCGGCGGUGAAGGAGGAGGAGGAGCCGAGCGGGCACUGGCACCGAGGCCUGACCAUGGACGAGGAAUACGAUGUGAUCGUGCUGGGGACCGGCCUCACCGAAUGCAUCCUGUCGGGCAUCAUGUCUGUGAACGGGAAGAAGGUGCUGCACAUGGACCGGAACCCCUACUAUGGGGGUGAGAGCUCCUCCAUCACACCCCUGGAGGAGCUGUAUAAGCGUUUUCAGUUGCUGGAGGGGCCCCCUGAGUCGAUGGGCCGAGGCCGAGACUGGAACGUUGACCUCAUUCCCAAAUUCCUCAUGGCUAACGGGCAGCUGGUAAAGAUGCUACUGUAUACAGAGGUGACUCGCUAUCUGGACUUCAAGGUGGUGGAGGGCAGCUUUGUCUACAAGGGGGGCAAGAUCUACAAAGUACCGUCCACUGAGACUGAGGCCUUGGCUUCCAAUCUGAUGGGCAUGUUUGAGAAACGGCGCUUCCGCAAGUUCCUGGUGUUUGUGGCAAACUUCGAUGAGAAUGACCCCAAGACCUUUGAGGGUGUUGACCCUCAGACUACCAGCAUGCGUGAUGUCUACCGAAAGUUUGAUCUGGGCCAGGAUGUCAUCGAUUUCACUGGCCACGCCCUGGCGCUCUACCGCACUGAUGACUACUUGGACCAGCCCUGUCUUGAGACCAUCAACCGCAUCAAGUUGUACAGUGAGUCCCUGGCCCGGUAUGGCAAGAGCCCGUAUUUAUACCCGCUUUACGGCCUGGGUGAGCUGCCUCAGGGUUUUGCAAGAUUGAGUGCCAUCUAUGGGGGGACAUAUAUGCUGAACAAACCUGUGGAUGACAUCAUCAUGGAGAACGGCAAGGUGGUGGGCGUGAAGUCUGAGGGAGAGGUGGCCCGCUGCAAGCAGCUGAUCUGUGACCCCAGCUACAUCCCAGACCGUGUGCGGAAGGCGGGCCAGGUCAUCCGCAUCAUCUGUAUUCUUAGCCACCCCAUCAAGAACACCAAUGACGCCAACUCCUGCCAAAUCAUCAUCCCCCAGAACCAGGUCAACAGGAAGUCAGACAUCUAUGUGUGCAUGAUCUCCUACGCACACAACGUGGCGGCCCAGGGCAAGUACAUUGCCAUUGCCAGCACUACCGUGGAGACCAUGGAUCCCGAAAAGGAGGUGGAGCCAGCUCUGGAGCUGUUGGAGCCCAUUGACCAGAAGUUUGUGGCUAUCAGUGACUUGUAUGAGCCCAUUGAUGACGGUUCUGAGAGCCAGGUGUUCUGUUCCUGCUCCUAUGAUGCCACCACACACUUUGAGACAACCUGCAACGACAUCAAAGACAUCUACAAACGCAUGGCUGGCACGGCCUUUGACUUCGAGAACAUGAAGCGCAAGCAGAACGAUGUCUUUGGAGAAGCUGAGCAGUGAUUGCGGCUGCCCCGCCCCUGCUGCCCCUGCCUGUCUGUUCUCGAGGGCUCUAGCAUCCUCUGCUUCCCCCACCACCUUCCCAUCACCUGCCUCAUUGAUCCACUGACCAAAUCCUUAACUCUAGCGAUGGUUUGGAAGAUGGGGGGUUGGUUAGCAUCCUCUUUCUUGGCCCUUCCUUAUCCUAGGAAAAGAGGGUUCCUCUCCUUGUGUGUGUCUCUUCCCCCCACCCCUUCUGCUCUGGGAAGAACAUGGAGGAAAGGGUGACUUCUGCCCCCACCGCUCUUACCCCCACUGUAGUGGCCUUUGGAGAUGCCCCACCUCCCCCUACCAACUCUUGCGUGUUGGAGAGAAGGGGCCCUCCCAGCACAAAGUUGCAUUCCUCCCCCCUAAUUUAUUCUAAUUUAUUAACUUCAACCCACCCCUUCUGAGCCUGCAGCCUUCCUGUGCUGCCUGGGGGCUGUAGAGUGAGAUGCCCCAGCCCUUGCCCAGCCUGGGGAGUGGGGAAGGCUUGGGCGUGGCCCGUUGGAGGUUGAUUUGCUGUUUUGUUUCUUGUCUUUGUGUUUUGUUCUCUGGUAUUGGCUGAGAGAAAAGAAAUGUGAGCAAAGCAGGAGGAGGUGGGAAAAUGGAUCCAAACCCCCGUGUGCCCUGCCCCAUGCCUUUCCUUUAGUGGUGGGAAACCCUUACCUUGCAAAGUGAAUGUGUCCCCUUCCCCCUCUCUAGUGUAUUUCACAGAAAACAGAACCUCCCAAUAAAACGGUUGAAACCUGAA